GUGUGUUAAGACGCCAGGGAUCCGUGGUGGCUCUGUGAGUAAGGCGCUUGCUCGCUAACCAGGGGUCCAAGGUUCGAUCCCGGUGUUGGCCGAGAACGGCUCCUGGGAUUUUCCAGUGUGACUGGUUUCAGGACGGAUGACCAGGCAAUGACAGUGUCUAAUUGUUCGGAUGGGAUGAAAAACCGAGGUCUGAUUGUCAUGCACGUAAACGGACCCUUGACAGUUGGACUCGAAACAAGAGUAAAGCGUAGCGCCGCUGCCCGUCUUCAUUUUCAUUAGCCAAAUCGGUGCAGAAAAGUAGGACGUUAAACCGCUUUUCAUUUCAUUUUAUUUUGUGUUAAAACUCCAUCAAUAGCCGUAGACGUUAAACAAUUCGUUCAAUAUGUGACGAAAAGGAACGAAGUGACACAGAUGAUCGAAUUCGUAGCAAGUGCACCGGGUGCGCAUAUCAUAUUCAUCACAACCCUCCAUUCCGUUUCAAUGGCGAUAAUGGAAAUUGAAAAUCAACAUGUGUAAUAUGAAGACAGAAACGUGUGAUGUUUGCUAUAGAAGAAUGGUUUGCCCAUACUCUAGGUCAAUGUUAAACGGCGGACAUACUACUUAGAGUAGCUGAACCAACAUCGCUAUCUCUUGUCCAUAAUGUUUAAUCAAAGCGUUCUCGUCACGAGUGUUACUCAGAUUGAAGCAGCUAUGGACAAUGUAUCUGGUGACGCACUUGUUCUGGGAACUAAUUGGACGAACGCUUCAGGUUUUGAGCCGAAUGUUAAUACGACACCGCCACCGUAUUACCCCGCUGGGUACCCCAGUGGUUAUACAUGGGUUCACAUUAUCUGUUCUAGUAUUGCUGUUACUUUAAUCAUUUUGCUCAUUGUAAUUGGGAACUUUUUGGUCAUUUGGGCCAUCAUUACAGAUCGGAACCUGAAAGGAACUCAAAAUCUCUUUAUCGCUUCGUUAGCCUUCGCGGACAUGUUUUUAGGUAUCUUAGUCAUUCCGUUUUCAUUAGCCAAUGAGCUAAUGGGUUACUGGUUUUUUGGAGUAAUUUGGUGCGAAUUGUGGAAAGCUGUCGACGUAUUGUUGUGUACUGCAUCAAUUUCUAGUUUAUGUUUAAUCAGCUUGGACCGAUAUUGGUCUAUUACUCGUGCAAUGAGCUACUCGCGUCAAAGAACUCCCAAGCGAGCUGCCAUAAUGAUAAUGAUCGUUUGGUUCGUUUCUGCUGCAGUAUGUAUUCCACCUUUAAUUGGUUGGAAGCAUCCCGUAAAGGAAUCCGAUUGGCCAAUGUGUACCCUGAGUGAUGAUGUUGGUUAUGUGUUCUAUUCAUCUAUUGGCUCUUUUUAUAUCCCGGCAUUUAUCAUGUUGUUUGUGUAUUAUAAAAUUUAUCAAGCGGCGAAGGCACGAGCCCGAAAGACGGUUAAGAAACCACCGGGCCCACAGGCUAUUGCAAAAACAGAAGCGAUAUCGUCCGUACCUCGUACGGAAGCACGAUUAAACAAUCAAGUGAAAACCAUUGAAACCCCCAAAGAGGAAGAAGAUCCCGACACGUUGACUCCAGAUUCAUCGGACGAAAUAAACAAUCAAAAAGAUGUCACAUCGUGUCCGCAACCUUUGGCAAUCACGGACAUGUCAAAACUUCUGUCCACAGAUUCGGACUCGUGUGAACCUGUGACACGAAAUAUCCGUGUUAUUCAUAACAAUACGUGCCUGGGUGCGACUACCGUUACUUUACUUACGAGCGAUAACGAUACGGAAUCUUCGUCGGAACAAACCAAAGCAUUGUUGGGUCCACACAGUAGGGACACGGAUACUGAUGGUGGCAACUCGACUGAACCGGGAAACGGAAAAGUUCAGAAGUUUACCAUAGUUGACCCCAAACAAAAUGGUAGCCCAAAUGUGCUAGAAAAGAACAAAGUGAAAGCCAGUAGACCCGGAAUCCUACCCGGGAUAACUCGACAUUUAUUUAACGUGAAUCGAAGUAAGAAAAAAAUGAACUCGGAAGGAGGUGACACGAAACCCCCCGAAUAUUUUUCAGCUGAUAAGCACAAAAGGAAAAUUGCUAAAGCAAGAGAACGAAGGGCUACGUUGGUGCUAGGUCUGGUCAUGGCAGCUUUUAUUUUGUGUUGGGGACCUUUUUUCACGAUGUAUUUGGUGUCAUCAUUCUGUAAGGACUGUAUCGGUUAUAUGGUUUUCACCGUGUUCUUCUGGAUCGGUUACUGUAACUCUGCCUUAAACCCUAUCAUUUAUACUGUGUUUAAUCGUGACUUUAAAAAAGCCUUCCAGAAAAUCAUUUGUGGUAAGAAGAACAAUCGACGAAACCGAUAAAAAUAUCCCCAAUUAUCGUUAUUGUUAUUUAUUGAUAAAACUUCGUAAUCAGGGCGUGAUCGGAGAAUCUUAUAUACAUAUAAUAAUAAUAAUAGCGUAAAGGUUAAGUUCUACAGAUUGUUCGAAUUAUCAUUUACUAUUAGCGUUCAAUUAUAUUAAUUGUUAAAAUUGUUGAAAUAGUAAUGCAUUGGAAAUAUCCAUAUUUUGUAUUUGCAUACCAUGUCAAUUGCUUUGUCUGAUUGUUAUUUAUACAGUGCAUAUGAAUCUUUAUUUAAAUUAAAUGUGUUCCUAUAAAAAGCUUUAAAAUAUAUUAUCGUUAUGGUUAAAGAGCAGCGUGGCUGCUUCAAUGGCAUUGAUACACCAACAUUACCGUACAACUGCAUUUGACAACGGCGCCCCCUCCCCAACCCUCCACAGCACAUAGAACUGUGUAGAACUCCAUAAGAUGGAUUCGACAAAUAACAGCGUUUCUUAUAAAAAAAACGGGAACAUGAGUUGCUUUUUCUGAUACGUCAUUUGUAUUGUUCGCUAAAAUAUCAAAUUUAUAACGGUUCAAUAAACGCUAGUAUGUA